GGCAUGGCAACAAAAUCCACCAAAUAGAUCGAUUUUCGGCCCGGAGAACGAAAAUACAGCUGAUGUUUGACAGGUCGAAAAUUCCAAAAAAAUCUCUUUGAUGAGUAGAUCUACGCAUUUUUUCAAAUAUUUUUGAAUCUUCAGGUCCUCGUACCGUAUCUAGAUCUCUGCUGAUCUGGUUUCUGCAGUGCAGUGUCUGUGAGCCGAUUGACAUCAAUAUUUUUGGACAUCAUUUGCCAUGAUUUGGGAUACAUUUGGGAACCAUCCGCGAGCCAAUCAGACGAUAUUUUAGAAAAGCGAUCCUGUCAGUAUUAUUGUGUUUCGAUUUUUGCAUCGUAGUGCAACCGCUAGCGAUUGUCUUGUGAAAUUGUCCUGAAAAGGUAACAAAUAUUAGUCGUGGAAGGCGAAACUCACCCCAGUAAUGCCCAGUAAUGCUAUUCUAUGUGAGGUUUACUUCUCUUGGACUUGUUAGUACCGGUAGUGAAAGUCGAUGGCUUCAGCAGAUAUUGGAAUUUCGCCCAGCCAUGCUACCAGGUCAAGUGUGAGCAAGUUUGUUUCUGAGGUGAAGAUCAACAACGUCAAGGAUGUGGACUCACUCUGCUCCGUAUGGAUUACGCCUUAGAAUCCUCACAGUAUUUCAAUGCAUUCUUACAGUACAUGCAUGCUAUGAUAUGGAGUCAGACACGCCACGAGGCCAGGCUGAUUCUCCCGAGGACGUCAUAGCAUCAAAACACGUGCUCUUGUUCGAUGCGACCUCCUUCACGAACAGUGGUAUUGCAACCGUGCGCUUGUAUAUUAUUGCGGCUGCUACGAUUUCUCAACACUUUGGAGCUCAGUUUGUUGUACCGCAGAUUGGGCACGAUAACCACCUAGCAACGAUGCCAGGACAUGGUGCCUUAGUGGAGCCAAGACUGCAUGCCUUUGGGUACUACUUUGAUGAGGAAUACUUCAUCCAUGCCACGCGUAGCUUAGUCGAACUAGACGCUAUUUCCUCAACUUCUGAUUCUGUAUCUUGCAGCAACGCAGUGUGGCAUCAGAUAUCACUGAGUCAGGAUGAUGUCAUAAAGCCGACAUUCCUCCGCGAUGAAUUCCCCGAUCGACUCUGCCUGCAGGUGGCAAUGGGAUUUCCAUCGAUCGGCACGUAUACUACCAGCAGUCUCCGAGCAGUCCGUGCUGCUAUUGCGCAAUCCUUGCGUCCCUCACAGAGGUUGAGGUCAGUGGGGAGUGCUGUACAGGCUGCUCUGCUGCAUGCGACGUCACGGAUUUCGUGCAGUGCCAAGCUCUGCAAUUCCUCCUCGACCACGCAAUGCCAAGAAAGCAGCGACAGUCACCUAGUAGCUCGUGUAGCUGGAUUUAAUGCUGUCUACGCUCGGGCUGAUUCUGAUUGGCAAGAUAUGUGCAACUCCUACUUUUUUAAGAAUUGCUUUCACCCACUGGAGGCAUAUGUCCAAGCCAGUACGGUGUUUCUCAGUCGUGAUGUACCCUUGCUUGUGGCUGGGAAACUCAGUCGCAAUGCAUCCGUGGUGGCCGAGUUUUCCAUGCAUUUUCAAAACGUUUGGUCCUUGUCCAUGUUGCGCAAUGUGCUAAUGCGCUGCUGUGAGGAUAUCAUGUCCGCUACGUACUGCACGGCAAUCCUUGGUGAACCUCGAACCAGUGGAGCUCACCAGUUAACAGCUUAUCCAGUGUGUGAUGUGUUGCAAGAACUUGGCGAGCACGACUUUGCGAUCGUUGAGCAUGAGCUAUGCGUAGCUGCAGACGCCUUCCUGGGAAAUAUCUUGUCGUCGUUUUCGUUCAACGUACGAGAUGCGAGAGCACUGAUCUGCCAGCAGCAGUUGGUGAAGUGGCGGAGGAGCAAACCAUGGACAUCUGCAUAUGGUCAUGGUGUCUACUGGACUACGGGUGUGUGCGGGGGUGCCCAUGUCGUUGGUCCGUCAUCGGCGUCGUGCAGCCGACGCAGCUUGCACUCGCCCUGCAAGACCGAGCUGGAGCUGUACGUGAAUGGCUGCAGCAACACGGCCGGUCUGGCACUGCUCAGCUGCUGGUCUCGUGUCCUGAUGGGAGAGCCGGUGCUGGAAACACAUCCGGCCAUAGCACGCCGCCUGGAGAAGAAGAUCAUGGCGGGCAUGCUGAACAGGGGCAGAUCAUAAUGCUACCAUCUAUAGCUGUGCUCCGAAUAUAAUGCAUAGCUGUGUCAUCCCAAAUAUGGCAAAUAUUUGCCUUCUGAUAGGCCACAUGCCUAUCCUAAUGGCAGAGCUGCACUGGUGGUGUGACGUGAAGCACAUCUCUCUUGUGCCCAUGGCUGACAGCAAGCUUCACUGUGCAACAGGUGCUUAUGGCAAACGAGGUGUCGGUGAACUGUGAAUAGUGCAGUGUCUAGGUGGUCAGUGUGACACUGCCAGGACAGCUGCUGGGACACGUUGUGGAACCACAAUUCACAAAGGUAUGCGGUUUGCCCUGCUAGUUCGGCUAGGACAUGGCAGUGUGUUUAGCAAGGACGGCAUGUGUGGCCUUUUCCUCUGCCUUAAAUGGAACGAUAUUGUCAGCAAAGUUCAAUCCUGCGGCACCAUCUGGAUGCAAGUAUGCAUAGAUUGUAAUAUGCCCACGGGCACAUAUUUAUUUACGAUACCGCUUGUGAUACCCCCUGUGUACUUUGCUUGGCCCAAUCACAGCCAUGGAGGACUAUAGCAGUUAAAGGCACGGGGCACUCUAGCAGUUACAGACGCACUGCCUCUGUGUAUUUAUGAUAUCCUUUGAUGCCGUAUUCAUACCGUUACUGGUUUUCAUCGAAAUAGCGUUCCAGGUCUGGGCAUUGUUUCACAGCAGAGACAUGUCAGUGGACAUGCAGCAUUUGAUCGUUGUCAAAUGUGAUGCAGUUGCCUUUUUUGCCUCGCUUUCCCUGACUUUCCCCUGUGGCAUCCUUGUGUUUUGAAACAGCAGAGCACAGUUGCUAGCAGCAGGUGUCGAUGGUAGUCGGUGUGACAAAUGACAGUUAUGCCAGGAACUCAUGAGAGCUGAUAUUGAUGGCAUCUACUGGUGUUUAACGGUCGUAUUUGGUCUUGAUUCGGACGUUUGCAUGGUGCUGAGUGGAAUGGGUGAUUGAAAUCACUCCCUACACUUAUAGUGAGCCAAAUUCUUUAUUUUUCCUGCUCGCCUAGGACGGCCUAUUCCUGACGCUUCAUUUCUUUAUUGCUUUCAGCCUUUCAUUUCGUAAGUGUGGCAUUGAUGUGUGUUCCACGUCUGACCUUGUCACCAACUGAAACAUCUGUGGCCAACGGGCAUGUUUCGUA